AUGAAUGGCUUGAAUAUAGAGUCUGUUAAAAACAGUUAUAAAGCAAUUAUUCAAGCUUUAGAAGAAGAAAUUGAAAAUGAAGAUGGCAGAGAAGUAAAUGAAGCAUUUGGUAUAAUAUAAUAAAUAACAAUGAAUGAUUCAAAGUAUUUAAAUUCCAAUGUCUUCGUUUUAGGUAUAUUAACAAAUUUAAAAAGUGGACGAUUUAUAGUUUAUUUAUUUAUCUUACAUGAAGUAUUAAUUAAUAUUAAUAUUGUUUCUAACAAAUUUCAAGAAAAAAUGCAACCUUAGGGGAAUAUAAAAAUAUUAUUGAAGGUGUGAUGAUGACUUAAAAAUUCUAGAACAACAGAGUAUUUUUCUAAGCUUUGGUGUCAAGUAGAAAUCUUUGCUAAAGACAAUAAAAUAUCAAUACAAACGCCAUUUAAAGGUAAGAUUUAAUAAGCAUAUUAUAUUUAUUUAUAAUUAUAAUAAUUUUAAGGUAAUAUUUACUUAACUAGAAUGCAAAAGAAAAAGACAAGAGCCACACAAUCUUAAACAUUUUGAUACUACUGCAACCACAAGUGCUGAACAAAAUAUUAAUGACACCAUUGAAACCAUUGAAGAUUAUUUUAGAAAAAAUGCCUCCAAAUAGCUACAGCUGUUGAUCAAUUUCUUCAAUUAAACUUUGAGGAAAGUCUUUUCUUUGUAGAUUAUUAUAAAGUAAGUAUCGUAUCGGUUUCUGAAAAUUAAUUUUUAUUUACCUAUACUCUAGUUUUAUAGUUUUUUUUAAAAGUGAACCUGUAUUUUGUAUAUUUUUCAGGAUUUUAUGAAUGUAUCUAAAGAUGAUUACAGUCAGAAAUAG